CCAAAGACUCUGGACGCCGUUCAGCUCUCUUUGGUUUAUGAUUUAAAAUCCACACUAUUUAAUGGACCGAAGGUUUUCUGUACAAAGGUUUUUAUUAAGCAAAGCCUUCUAUUUUUAUUUUUGGUUUUUGUUGGGAGCGCAGGGGAUUCGAACAUGGCACCUCGGAUACUUCUCUGCGGCGACGUUCUGGGUCGCUUCAAUGCACUCUUCAAGCGCAUUGCCACGGUAAACAAGGCAAAUGGUCCUUUUGAUGUUCUGCUAUGUGUGGGACAGCUAUUUCCAAAAUCAAAUAACAUUGAGGAGUUAGAUGAGAUGCUGCUAUACAUACAGGGCCAGAAGGAAAUUCCUUUACCAACCUAUUUUAUAGGGGAUUUUGGUGAAGGGGCUGCUUCUGUACUAUCUGCUGCUAAAUUAGAAUCUGCUAAUCAAGGGUUUAAAAUGGAAGGCAUUCCAGUUUGCAAGAAUCUUUAUUGGCUCAAAGGGAGUGGCAAGUUUAUUCUUCAUGGUUUAUCUGUAGCCUAUUUAGCAGGAAGAAGUUCAUCAAAUGGAUCAAUGGUAGGAGUAUACUGUGAAGACGAUAUUGAUGCACUGAGAGCUUUUGCUGAAGAAUCUGGUGUUGUUGAUCUGUUUCUAACUAAUGAAUGGCCGGAAGGAAUUCUUAGUGGUGCUAAUUUAGCAGAUGCUCCUCCAGGAAUUGAGCAUCUGUCAGGGGGAAAUGCUGUGAUAUCAGAGCUAGUUAAAGAGCUCAAGCCUCGGUAUCACAUUGCAGGUUGUGAAGGUAUAUUUUAUGCUAGAGAGCCAUACACAAAUGAUGGAGCUUCACAUGUAACACGUUUUAUAGGAGUAGCAGCAGUUGGAAAUGAUAAGAAACAGAAAUUUAUCCAUGCACUUUCUCCCAUGCCCGCAUCUGUGAUGUCUGCAUCUGAACUUUCUGCAAUACCUGCAAAUGCAACAGCUUCUCCGUAUAAUGUUCUAUUAAAAUCUGGUGGAGCAAAAAAUACGAGGAAGCAACCUGAAGCUUCUGAUUCUCAGUAUUGGCGAUAUGAUGUAUCACAAAAACGACACAGAGGGGGCACUACAGAUGGUGAAAAAAUGUGUUUUCAGUUUUUAUCAUCUGGUUCUUGUACACGAGGUGAAAAAUGUAAUUUUAGACAUGAUAUAGACAAUAAAACUCCCUUCUCAAAGGGGUUCUGUUUUGAUUUCAUUAGUAAGGGUAGAUGUGAGAGAGGUUCAGACUGUAAAUUUCGCCACAGCUCAGAGGGUGGUGGGAGUGAUGAUCAGAUUCCUUCUGGUAGCUGCUUUGAAUUUUUCAAGAAUGGUAGAUGCAAUAAGGGGGAUGAAUGCAGAUUUAGCCAUGACCUUGAUGCUGGGAAGAAAAGGGGAAAUGCAAUAUCUACUACAAAUCAGCCUUGCUGGUUUUGUCUUUCAAGUCCUAAUAUAGAUUCUCAUCUUGUGGUCAGUAUAGGAGAAAACUUCUACUGUGCAAUAGCCAAAGGUCCACUUGUUGAAGGACAUGUACUAAUAAUUCCUGUUGAACAUUUACCUUCCUCCCUUUCGCUGCCUCCAGAUGCAGAUGGUGAACUACAAAAUUAUAAGCAUGCUCUCAAAAGAUUUUUUAGGAAGCAAGGGAAUUCAAUUAUUGUGUUUGAAAGGUACUUCAAUCUAAGAGUGGCCACUCAUGCUCAUUUACAGGUUGUUCCCAUACCAUUAUCCAAGGCAUCAGCUGUGCGAAGUGAAUUUAUAUCUGCAGGCAAGAAGUUAGGGUUUGAAUUUGAUGUAAUCAAACCUGGAGAGAAUGAUGAUGAUACCAAAAUGUCAUUAAAGAAGUUACUGCGUGGUGGGAAUGGCUAUUUCUUUGUGGAGCUUCCAGAAGGAACCAUAUUGGCACAUUUGCUUGAGUCUGGAGAGAAACUGCCUAUGCAAUUUGGGCGUGAGGUUCUUGCCAACUUGUUAGGGAAAAUAGAUAGAAGUGAUUGGAAGAAUUGCAAACUAAGUAAGGAAGAGGAAACAUCAAUGGCAGAGGACUUCAAAAACCGUUUUGAAUCAUUUGAUCCAAUGAUUUCAUCAUAACCACAGAUAAUUGGUUACUUUAAGAUCCUGUGAGCUAUCCAAUUAUGAGUUCUGUGUCAUCAUAGAAUUGACCUUCGCUGAGAUUUCUAGUGAAAUUUAUUGUCGCAACAAAAUUAUGAACUUUUGAGAUCUGCUGGGUUGCCACUUUUACUUUAGUUAUGCAUUUCUUUUGAUUAAUUUUGUCUUUAAAAUUUUCACUUUAUGAUUGCUGUUUGCUCCUAUUUAGAAGAAUUGACCUUUAAUAAUAAUCCCAUGAUUGUAAAGGAAGUUUUCACAAUGAAAACCCUAUUCUGUUUGUGUCA